AAAGCCUUUCUUUCUUCAACCUUUUUCAUCUUCUUCCUUUUUAUUUCAUCAUCCGUUAAAAAAAAACCAGAAACCACUUGUAAAGAAUGAUUCUUUCGGUCCAUAGCUCAUGUAGGACGUGAACCAUGUCGGUCUGAGAAAGGUGGUAAAUUCCUACAAACCCACCAAAAAAAGAUUAAUUUUUUAUUAGAAUUUCUAUUUUCUGGGGUUAAUAAAGGAAUUGAAGAAGAUGAGGGGAGGUGCAAAGGAGGAAGAAAUGGGCCCACAUCCGGUGAAGGAUCAACUCCCCGGAGUUCACUAUUGUCUCAACAGCAACCCUUCUUGGACCGAGUCGAUCGUUCUAGGGUUUCAACACUAUCUCGUAAUGCUAGGGACUACUGUCAUAAUCCCCACCAUCAUUGUUCCUCAAAUGGGAGGAACUAAUAAAGAGAAAGCCGAAUUGGUACAGACUUUGCUCUUUGUUGGUGGGGUGAACACGCUGCUGCAAACUUGGUUUGGGUCCCGCCUUCCCGUUGUCAUUGGUGGAUCGUACAAGUUCCUCAUCCCGGCCUUACAUGUCGCCUUGUCUACUAGAUUCAAUGCCUAUUCCUCCGACCCUCGCGAGAGGUUUAAACAAACAAUGAGAGGGAUGCAAGGGGCUCUUAUCAUUGCAUCUAUUCUUCCCAUGUUAUUCGGAUUUCUCGGGCUUUGGAGGAUUAUCGUCAGGCUCCUGAGUCCUCUUUCUGCAGUUCCUUUGGUUACACUUGUUGGCUUUGGACUGUAUGAACAUGGCUUCCCACUGGUAGCAGAAUGUGUUGAGAUUGGUCUGACAGAAUUGGUUCUCCUCAUAUUGUUUUCUCAGUAUGUUCCACAAUGGUUGAAGUCGGACCGACAUGUAAUGGGUCGAUAUGCUGUCUUCAUAUCUGUGGGGGUAGCAUGGUCAUUUGCUGCCCUAUUGACCGUGGCAGGGGCGUACAAACACAGACCGCUUCAGACUCAGUUCAGUUGCCGUGUGGACCGGUCUGGCCUCAUAACCGGUUCAUCGUGGCUAAGGUUUCCAUAUCCAUGGCAAUGGGGAACUCCAAGUGUCAAUGCUGGAGAGACUGUAGUCAUGCUAGCAUCAGCUUUUGUUGCUCUAGUUGAGUCUACAGGGGCAUUUGUUGCAGCAGCAAGGUUUGGGAGUGCCACACAUCCACCUUAUUCUGUUAUAAGCCGCGGCAUCGGCUGGUUGGUGCGUAAGUUACAAAACACUUUGCGUUACAACGCUCACCGUCACAAAAUGAUAGGGCACCGCUCUUGGAUUUCAGUGUCAUAGGAUGACAUUCAGACCUUACGGUGCUCGGUUGAGUCUAAAAAGAUAGUUCUUACCCCUAAAUUAUUCGCUUUAAUAUGUUGUCAUACACAGGGACUAGGCAUUCUGUUUGAUGGCUUAUGGGGAACGGGCGUUGGAUCUACUGUUUCUGUGUAAGCAUUCUAUGAAACAAGUUCGGUUCAUCCCGGUAGUCACCGGGCUAGCGAAGAAGAAAUUGAUAUGGUUGGUACCCAUUCAUCCAAGUAGUAACUAGACCAGGCUACAAUUUGAGAGG